AAAUGGAAGGAAAGGAGAGGAACAGGAGUAGAGGAGGCGUACGGUCUCAUACUGAAGGGAAACUGUCCCUUUCCAGGAAGUGCACUUUGGCCUGGGACCUUUCGGUAUCAACGCCGCUCGCUACGAAGCCGUCGAUUUCACUUGGCCGGUUUCCUUCGUGGACGUCAAAGUUUUCACUGGUCGAGGGAGUCCUGAGGUGGAUCCCUGGGGCUUCCUGUUGCCCCUCGCCCCGUGGGUGUGGAUCGUGCUGCUAUUCGUUUUGUUUCUGUCUGCUGCCUUUCACUUCCUCUUCAUUAAGUUUUCGCGGGAACGUCUGGAUAACAAGAGAAACUUAACCACAAUAAACCUACAUUUCGUCAGCAUAAUGUUACGGCAGUCCGUGUGGAUGGACGACGGCGGGUGGUGGUGGCAGCGAGUGGUGCUGGGCGUUUGGAUGCUAAUGACCAUGGUGCUGACGCGGAGCUACGAGGGCAACCUUAUGUCACUGCUGGCCGUGAGACAUUUGCCCCAGCCUUACCAGACCCUCAGGGACGUGGUGGACGAUCCCUCGGUGGUCAUGGUAUGGCACAAGCAGGGAGCACCCAUUCAGUCAGUUAUGGAUGCUACGUCUGGGAUCUUCAACGAGGUGAAAGCGAGUGAGGAGCAAGGGCGCCUGCUGGUGUUGCCGCUAAUCGAGUAUCCUACCAUCCUUGACAAGGUUGUAAAUCAAAGAAUAGCGAUCAUAGACUACGUGAGGAUAACGAGGGCUACCAGAAGUAGACAUUUUUCUCUUACCGGACGAUGUGACUUCUACAUUGGGCAGGAAAAUAUUAUGGCUCAUCCCGUUGCUAUGAUCAGCCAGAAAGACAGCCCCCUCAUCCCAUCUCUUAACGCACGAAUAACGUCCAUGACCGAGGCUGGACUUUAUGACUAUUGGAACAACGAAGGAAUCGCGAAUUACAGUGCAUGUGAGCGAGUGCCGACCAAGAUCACCAUCAGUUCGUCGCUCUCUCUCAGACAGUGCUGGGCCAUGUUGGUGGUUCUGACGGGAGGGCUGGCAGUGGGUCUCCUCACUCUUAGCGUGGAGGUGGUGCUUGCUGGAAUCUUGCGUCACUGAUUAUUAUAAUGGUAGGAACAGAGUGCUCUUCUCAUAAAGAGAACAUCAAGACGAGUAUUACAACGUCUACAUGUUAUGAGAAAAACUCUCAUCCCAUACCCUAAAGAAAACACAAUUAUAGUUCAUAUUAAUAAUUCUCACUUUUAUCGUAGAAUUAUUCGAAGCAUCCCAGACAGUCAUUACAUUUAGUCUGUCAUAGCCUUGUCCAUGGCUUCAGUAUUCUGUGUUAUUUUCGGAUUAAUUUUAAUAAUCAAAAGGAUCCUUGAGAAACCCCCGCGCCAUGUCAUUGGAAUAAAAACGGUAAAGGAGACGUGUUUCAUAACCUGUUAUUUCUUUUACUACAUUGCCACGGAAUGAGACAUACAUAAAGAUACAUAUAUACGCAUGCACACACACACACACACACACUCUCUCUCUCUCUCUCUCUCUCUCUCUCUCUCUCUCUCUCUCUCUCUCUCUCUCUCUCUCUCUCUCUCUCUCUCUCUCUCUUCUUUCUGUAAGCAAAUGCUAAAUGCUUACUUUUUUUUUUUUUUUUUUCGCAGUCUACAAUACUGUUCAAUUACUCAAACAUUUCGGGACUAGCUCGGGUUGACAGGUUAUUUCGUCAGCAGCUGUCAGUGACUGACAUUCUGGGAGGUGUUGGCGUUCCUGCAUUAUAUAAGAUGAUGCCGCGGCAUGUCGAGGCUCACUAGGGCCCUUCCUGCCUCCUGCUGUGGACAGACCCGCUCCUCCACACCUCGCCUCUGCGCCUGGGGUUUUGCCUUGGCGACGGCACCGCCCUGCAGGGAGGCUUCCACCAGCAGGUGAUGGAGAUCGAAUACACGCAUAUAUGUGGCAAAUAUUAAUUUUAUGUAGUGAUUUUAGGAACGAUGUAACAAAUACUUAUGAAAGUGAAUAGAGAAAAUGGCAUCCUAUCUUCGAAAAGAAACGUGUUUGUACGAAAGGCUGAGAUUCUUGUGGCUGCGCUCUGCUGGUCUCUCUCUGAGGGCAAUUGCACGGCGGUCCGGCAGGAGUUUAUACACAGUGAGGCGCUGGGUGUCCCGAUGGGAGCAGCAUGGACGCCUCCGUAGUCAAGUCCAGGAUCAGCGGUUCUGCCGAGCUGUGGCUGCACACACUGAUAAGAAUGUCACUCAAGGUAUGACGGAAGGGAACCUCUCCGUCACUCAGAAAGCACUGUUCCUCCCUUGGCUGAAUGCCGCCAUGGAAUCAACGUCUUACACCUUUACCGACACUCUCUUCCUUGACCCUCAAGUUUUCAGUUUUUUUUUAUGGGACUCUGAAACUAAACUAAUUCACAACAAAACAGUUUAUGAACGUUUUAAAUUUUUGUAUCAGCAGCAACUGUGAAGCGAUGCUUCCGGGAUUAUUGCCACUUCCAUUGAAAUAUAUAGGUAAAUAAAUGCGUGAACAUAA